AUGGUCCGGGGUUUCCAGAGACCCAAACACGGAAGCACAGCAUCAGAUCAGUGUUUAUACUACAGCUGCAGCACCGUGAGGCCUCUUCUUAUCGCUUCUAACGUGCUCACUGAAAGCUUCUUCUGUGCGUCUUUUCAGUGGCGGAGGGCAGACAGGCGCCGGUGGGCCGCCGCCGCCGGUGUGCACGGUCCCAGCGCAGAGGAGCAGACAGAGCCGUGCCCGCGCACCGCCCUGCUCGAUCAAAGCCGGCGGCACCGGACAGCGUUCACGCGCGAGCAGCUGUCCCGGCUCGAGCAGGAGUACGGCAAGGAGAGCUACGUGUCCAGACCCCGGCGCUGCGAGCUGGCCACAGCCCUCAACCUACCGGAGACGACGAUAAAGGUGUGGUUCCAGAACCGGAGGAUGAAGGACAAGCGGCAGAGACACUCCCUGCCGUGGCCUCACCCUCUCGUCGACCCCCUGGGGGCUCUCCUGAUGGGCCGUGCCUCUCCUUCCUCCACCUUGCCGUACCCCUUCAUCCCUCCCCACCUCCCACACCUUCCCCUCCACCACCACUACCCUCUGGCUCUCUCCUCACCAGCCUCCUCCGCUCACAGUCGCUACAGCACACCCAUGAGGACCCUGGAUGCACUCCGCCUCUCCCAGUACCACAACAGAGCAGGAGGGCUGCCGCCAACCACAGCAGCCCUCUACCCCUCCACCAGCAUCGUGCACCACCCUGCCUCCUGCCCCUGCCCCCUAUGCCUGCACUGGGGACCAGAACAACUGCUGAAAGCCAGAGGAGAGGCACUGGGACUGAGCCAGCCCCGUAGUCCCAAGGCCAACAUUCAGCCUACAGGCCUGGAGCGGAGAGAAGAGAUGGUGUAAAACCAGAUGGAAACUACAUCAAGCUAAAUUUAAUUUCCCACCUUCUCCAAAGCUGUUAAACUGCUGUCACAGAAGCUGCUGCAAGCAAAUAGAAGUAUACUCACUGUGACUUUGAUUAAUGUGACAGUAAGUACAUGGUGGGGCUUGCCAAGUCAGAACAGCAAUACACUAAAGAGUUUCACUAACUAGGAACUGGAAACACACAAUGCCAGUCACAUGACACUGCUGAUUAACUGGAGCCAAAUGUUUAUUAGGGGAAACAAAAUUGUUGUGCAAUUAUUUCAACAAAUUCAGUUGGUCGGCCUGAAAACAGACCUUUUCAGCAGCACGUUCCAAUUCAACUUCAUUUGAGCACACGGGCAGUGUAGUCAAAUUCAAAAGUCUUGCUUCAAGUUGUUUCGCCUGAGGCAAUCUAUCAAUACACUGUGUAAAUUUUGGCAGCUCGACUUCAUAUACCCCAUUUUGACCAAGGCAGUUCCAGGGCCGGUUCGGAGGCGGUGCCUAAUCUUGAACCAGUUCCUCACAAGAACCGGCUGUCUGCAAGAAAAAACUGGUUCCAGAUCGUCACCAACUCUUUGCUGGUUUUGACCUAAGAACCACUUACAUCAGGGGCUGGGGGCGAGAUUAUCGUGACCUACAAGACCAACUAAAACGUGUAUCAUUCAAUUGAUUUAAUUUGUUUAACUGCAAUGUGAUUGAUUCACAAGUUGAACCAACUGCAAACCAGCACCAGCCCAGCAAAAGAACUAGGUUUGCGUUAGUCGAAAAGUGGUAAUUAAGGAGUCACAGUCUGUUCUCUCGUCAAAAACGCCAAUAUAGGUUGUGUGUACAGGCAGCGAAAAACGAGCUAUGUCUCCGUAUUUCACCGUCCGCUGUAAUGCGUCCGCCGCCAUCUUGCUGACUUACUAGUGAUUGAAAGCCAAGCGAAGUUUAAAAAGGCGGGUUCCCACAUUUGUUGGUGGUUGUGGUGGUGGAUGGGUCGAACAAACAUCAGACUUUCACCCAGAGGA